ACAAGAAGCUUUCCUCGCAACCUGAAUGAUUGAAUAGCUGUUCAAAACAUCGCACAGUCAUGUCGUUUAAAGACUUGAGAAAUUUUACAGAGAUGACCAGAGCUUUAGGGUACCCAAGAUUAAUAUCUAUGGAAAAUUUUCGAACACCAAAUUUCCCAUUAGUUGCAGAAGUUUUAAAAUGGCUGGUGAAAAGAUAUGACCCAAAUGCUGAUGUUCAAGGAGAUACUGACACUGAACAGGAUAGAGUGAUCUUUGUGAAGACUGUAGCAGAGUUUAUGGCAACCAAAGCUCACAUCAAACUCAACACUAAAAAAUUAUACCAAGCAGAUGGCUAUGCUGUAAAGGAAUUGUUGAAAGUAACGUCUGUUCUCUAUAACGCCAUGAAAACAAAUGUAAUAGAUCAGCUGGAGAACCCAGAGGAUGAUGUUUCUCACCUGUCAUUUGAUGUCUCCUCCAGGAUUAGUGAACUGAAGGAAGCAAGAAGAUUAGCAUCAGAAAUCACAACAAAGGGAGCUACGCUUUAUGACCUGUUGGGUAGGGAGGUCGACCUCAGGGAACAGAGAUCAGUGGUUAUUGCCAAAUCUCUAGAGAUCAAUGAAGUAGAGAGUGGGAUGGCCAACUCCAUCAAGGCUGUUGAGGCUGAGGUUAAGAAGACACUCCACAUGUUAGACAAUGUAGCAUCGGAUGAGGCCAAUCUGGAGGCCAAGAUUGAUAAAAAGAGGAAUGAACUGGAGAGAAACAAUAAGAGGUUACAGACUCUGCAGAGUGUACGACCUGCUUACAUGGACGAGUAUGAGAAACUGGAGGAGGACCUACAGAAGUUAUAUGAGGUCUACAUGAACAAAUUCAGGAAUCUCACAUACCUAGAAUCACAACUAGAAGAUUACAAUAGAGCAGAGCAAGAUAGAUUUGAGGAAACUGAGGAGAAGCUUAAGCAAAUGGCUCAGAAACUGAAGGAUGAGGAAAUGAAGCGAGACGUCAUUACACAAGAAGAUGUCAUGGGUUCAGAUGAUGAAGAUGAAGAUGAAGAAAGUGAAGAAGAAGCAUUGGAAAGACCCGUUCGUACCAGACCUGAUGCUGCAGCUGGGGAGAGGAAACAAAGAGUGAUGGGCUCCAUGAUGGGAGAUAUCAGUGAGAAUGAGACAGGAUCUGAAGGGUCUGAUGACUCUGAGAUCGAUCUUGAUGAAGAUGAUCAAGAUGAUGAUGAUGAUGAUGAUGACAGUGGUGAUGAAAUGAUGAUGUCAAAUAAUCCCCGUGCCAGGCAACGGCAACAACCAAAUGAUGAAGAUAGUGACAAUGAUUUCUAAAACUUCCCAUCAAUAAAUUCAUCAAGUUUUAGCAGAAGCAUGUCUGAUAUGAGGACCACAAAUAUACACCACCAAAGUUUGCACCAGUUUCAUUUUAUGUAUAACCCCUGGUGCAGAAUAAGACAAACUUUGUUGAUUAAAGACUGUUGAGUAUAUUGUAGGCUUUCAUAUUACAAGUUUUUGCUAAAACUACAAGCAUCAGAAUAUUGUUGUUUUCAUUUAUUUUUGCUUUACAGGUAAAAUAAUGAUCUGUUGUAGUCUGUGAUAAUAAAUGAUCUUAAUAUACGUAUAUGCAUUGUGUAUUCUAUAUAUCAAUCAGUUAAUGUUCCUCACACUUACCAACUGAGAUAAGCUCAAUAUUCAUUAGUUAAUCUAUAAUAUGUCUUGCACUAAACAGUUCUUCUUGUCUCUCAAUUUCUACUAUAUGGAUCAUUCCUGGAUUUCACACAUGGGUUUCCCUUGGUCCCUAGUAAGGCUUUUCCAUUUUUGGACUGAACUGGAAAAAUAAAAAAGGUUGACAGACGGCCAUCUUGCAUGUUAACAGUAAUAUUUUGUUAUGGCAAUUUCUGUAGAAGUAUUAGAAGGAACAUUCGGAAAUUUUGUAUGUAGAAUCUCUUGAUUUUUAGGUGUGCAUUGUCCAUUUUUAGGAUCGAUAAGAAUAAUAAAAUGGCUGAUAGGUGUCCUUCAUGGAUUUUUUCCUCGAUGUAUCAGGAGAAGUCCUGGACGUGUCAUUCUCCAAUUUCAUAUGUAGGUUCCCUUGGU